GGUUUUCCUUGUUUUUAAUAAUGAACAAGUUACUUCUCAUUAGUUUUGUACUCCUUUAUCGACAAGUGAUGUGCGGAGAUCCAGUAGGUCCACUAGCAGGAUUUAUUCGAACUAAUCUCAUUGGCUACCCUGUUAUUCACGACAAACAAAUAUGGAUAUUCGAUCCAGAUGUAGCUUUGAAAAGGAGGAGACAAUUUAUAGAACUUCAUGGAGAUAAAGGAGAGAAGUUGAUCGAAAGACUUGGAUUGGGAAUCGAUGGAAACGACGAAGAAAGAUUGGAAAAGCAGAGACAAAGGGAUGAAGGACAUUUGGGUGGUUUAAACGCCUUGCAGCCUUAAUUUUAAUAAAUUUUGAAACUGCAUUUUAGAAGUAACUUAAUGAAAAUGACAGUUAAGGUGUUUUUGUAACUAAGGAGUCUUUGUAAAUAAGGAAUCAAAAGGAUAAGGUAAUUUUAUUGUAACCGACUUCAAAAACAGAUAUCAAUCGAUUUCAAUGAUUCUUUUUUCUUGGAAAUGGGGUACCUCAAUAGUGGUCCCAUACAUAUUUGAAGAAAAUAUUUCACCUCUA